ACCCAAAACAAACAAACAAACAAACAGAAAUAUAAUAAAUAUUUUGUAAAGAAACUUAUCUGACUUCUACACAUACAUACGACGUUUUGCAACACUGAACGACGUGCGCGCAUCAUGCGUAACGUUCAUAGGCAGAGCGCGCGUUCCGAGCAACGCAAUGAAAUGAAAUGCAAUUGCUGGAAUGCAAGUCGAUGAAAGGAAACUAAUGCAAGAGCAAGAGAAACAGCAACAGCAACAACAAAAACAAAAACAACCACAACAAAAACAACACUAGCUUCGACAUAUGAUAGUCGAAAAUGUUGUCACACAUUGAGGAAAAUGCAUCGUUUUCUUAACAUACAGCAAAAUAUUAAAUUACGCAACUAUCAUCAGUUACUUUUGUAUUUUGUUGCUGUUCCAUUGGCUGCCACUGCUGCUGGAGGAAGACGACGACGUCGAGGAGGCAGAGAAGACGGAGCGAGACAAAUUUGUGGGUGGGAGCGGCAGCAGCAGCAGCAGCAGCAGCAGAAGCAGCAGAGAUUGUAGCAGCCAUAACGUAACGGCCGUAACGUAACAUAGCGUCACGCACACAGAAUCAAGUAGAGGAUAGUUUCUUCUUCUUCUUUUUGUUUUGUUUUUAAUUUAGCCCAAUAUAGACGUUAACAUAAUUAACCCAACGCUGCCACUGUUCCUAAGACGACAAAGAAACAAACAAACAACCAAUCUAUCAUCGUCAUCGUAAUUGUAACGCAAACCCUUAAGUUAAACAAACCGAAACGUAACGUAACGUAACGCGUAACGCCUCAACACUGCUCCUCUGCCAACGUUAUUGAUCAUCAUCAUAAUUAUCAUUAGCAUCGACAUCAGCAUCCACAUCAACAUCAACAUCAAAAUCAGCAUCAGCAUCAGCAUCAAUAUAUUCAUUAUGCAUAUAUAGCACAUGAUAUAUGAACGCUCAUGCUCAUUAUACAACAACACUGCAAGCAACUCAAAUAAUUUGAUCAGCAAUAUAUACAAUAUACAACAUACAUCUAUAACAAUAACAACAAUUAGAAGACCAAUUGCGAAGCAUAAAACAACAACGUGACGUUGUUUUGGUGUUUCGAAUCCCAUUGACCUUUUGCCGCACAGCUGGCAAGGGAAAAAUAUGGCAACACCUCAAGUCAAAGACUUGGUGUUGCGCUCGCCAGCUGGCUCCUCCGAUACCAUCACAUUUGCCUGGCCACUGCAGGUGGGACAUGGACAGGAUAAGCAUGACAAUGGCAUCGACAUUAUCGAUACAAUUAAAUUCGUAUGCGAUGAGCUGCCAUCCAUUUCAUCCGCAUUCGAGGAGAUCAACCUCAAUCACAUUGACACUGCCUGCUAUAAGACUAUGACAAAUCUUGUCGAUCGCUUCAACAAAGCUGUCGACAGUAUUGUUGCAUUGGAAAAAGGAACUUCACUGCCCGCCGAGCGUUUGAAUAAAUUCGCUCACCCUAGCCUUUUAAGACACAUACUGCAAUUAGUUUACAAUGCUGCCGUGCUCGAUCCGGACAAGCUUAAUCAGUACGAGCCCUUUUCGCCGGAGGUCUAUGGCGAGACAUCGUACGAGCUGGUACAGCAAAUGCUCAAGCAUGUCACCGUUAGCAAGGAGGACACGUUCAUUGAUCUCGGUUCCGGUGUGGGACAGGUGGUACUACAAAUGGCCGGAUCGUUUCCGCUUAAAACAUGCAUUGGUAUCGAGAAGGCGGAUACGCCCGCUCGCUAUGCCGAACGCAUGGAUCAGAUAUUCCGCCAGUAUAUGGGAUGGUUUGGCAAACGCUACUGCGAGUACAAACUGAUCAAGGGCGAUUUUCUGGUCGAUGAGCAUCGCGAGAAAAUCACCUCCUCUACAUUGGUGUUUGUCAAUAACUUUGCCUUCGGUCCGACCGUGGAUCAUCAGCUAAAGGAGCGAUUUGCCGAUUUGCGAGAUGGCGCUCGAGUUGUUUCAUCCAAAUCGUUCUGCCCACUCAACUUUCGGAUCACAGAUCGAAACCUUUCUGAUAUUGGCACCAUUAUGCAUGUGAGCGAAAUACCGCCGCUGAAGGGCUCCGUCUCGUGGACCUGCAAGCCGGUUUCAUAUUAUUUACAUGUGAUCGAUCGCACCAUUUUGGAGCGGUAUUUUCAGCGCCUGAAAACCAAGGGCGGUGAUCACGAGCAUGUGGGUACCGUUCGCACCACACGAGAUCGCGCCAAACGUGAGGCUAACACUGGCCACAACAAUAAUCACAAUAACAACAACCAGCACAAUAACAAUAGCCAGCAGCGGGAGCAACGGGAACAGCAGCGCGAGCGAGAGAGGGAGAUCUUUAACGGUCCAGCUCAGCAGCGGCAUCAGUCGCAGUCGCCGGCGAAUGUUAGCGGCUCCAACGGUAACGGCAACGGCAACGGCAGUGGACAGCACGCCUCCAAGACGCGCCAACAGCUGGCAAGUGCACAGCAGCAACAGCAGCAACAAGGUCAGCAACAGCAGACGCAUCAGCAACAGAUGCAGCAACGCAAUCUGAAUAUGGAUAGCAGCACGGAAAGCGAUGCGGAUGGGGAGGUGAACAAUGGAAAUUGCGGAAACACCACCACAGCGACCAACACCACGUCCGCUUCGAAUGGGCCAAUGACGCGCAAAGUGUGGUCGGAUUGGUGCAGCUCUAAGGGCAAGAGUUCCCAGUCAGAUGACGAGGAGAACAACAAUAGCAACAGCAACAACAGCAACAGCAAUAGCAAUAGCCACCAGGGACGUGCACCACGCGCCGUCACCACGCUGAAGAAGCGCAAGAAGCUAACACGCAAGGCGGCCAUUGCCAGCAAAUCGGCAGCGGCUGCGCAGCGGGAAGCUGAGGAGGCGGCCGCAGUCGCUGCUGUUGCUGCAUCCGCCACGUCCGCUUCGGCCAGCAAGGACUCCAGCAGCAAGGAGGAUCAGCCGCGCGCAGCCAGUGCCGGUCCCGGGCGCAAGGGCCGCAUGAAGAAGGGACAACGCGGUCGCAAGUGCUUGAAGAUCGCCGGCCUGGAUGUGCUGCACAAGCAGACGGUGCUGAGCACCUCGUUGGAUGCGAUGACAAAGAAGCUGCCCGCCGCACCGGGCACAGUUGACCAGCAGCUGACGUCGCUGCUCACUGGCGACAUGUCGCAUCGUGAACUGGACAUUCCUGCGGCGCCACAGGAUACGCCAUACGCGCUGCAGAUACUGCUCGAUGUGUUCCGCUCUCAGUAUAUGGCGAUCAUUGAGCAGAUGCGCUCGAGCACAUAUGUGCCGCAGGUGCAGAAGCAAAUUGCCCAGGAACAGGAGCGGAUGUCGCGCUUGAAGAAUCGAGCCAGCCAGCUGGACAAGCAGAUCAAGGUGCUGAUCGAUGACAGCGUGACGCUGCUCAAGGUGCGCAUGAAUGAGCUGGGCAUAAACGUGAACUCGCCCAACGAUCUGAUAGCGCAGGCCAAGGAGAUUGUCGGACGGCACAAGGAUCUGCAGCAUGCGGUCAGCAAGAUGCGCAACGAGGUCACCGUCUAUGAGAGCGAACAGAAAUUGCUGCUGAGCAAGCAUCUGAAGCAUCUGCCCGAAUAUCAGAAACUGUGCACCGUUACCACCAAUGGCGGCAACAGCAAGAUCAAGCUCGAAGUGCCCCAGGAGCUGUCCGAAACGGCGGCCCAGGAACUGGUGCUGAAGGAAAUCGCCAACACGCUGAGCCAGCGCAAAAAGCUCGUUGCACAGGUCUCCACCAUCGAACAGGAGACUAGCUCGCUGCAAAAGUCAGCCGAAGAGCGCAGCACGGCGGCGGCAUUGCUGGCCCAGGGCACCAAUAUCAGCCUGGCCAGUGGCGCCCCCACCGUGCCAACAAAUGCUGCAACGCCGGCGGCGCAAACGAAUUGCACCAAGGUGGCAAGCGGGAAGGCGUCACGUCGCAGCCGCGAGCAUCGGGCACGCUCGCAGGAGUGGCCCGAGGUGCCGGAGGUGGGUAAGAUACAGGAGAGCAAUCCCGAGGUGUUGGCCCAAAAGAUACUCGAGACCUGUCGCCAGGUGGAGGCGGGCAAAUUCCAGCCGCCGCCAGCUGCAGUCAGCGCCAGCAGUGCCAGCAGCACCGCCAACCCCAUUAGCUAUGUGAAUGGCAAGCCCAAAGCGGAGCCGAAGACCUCGCCUGCUCUGUACAAGGACAGCACCCUGAUGCCGGCGCCCAAGCAGCAGUCCCAGGCGCCACAGCAGACGCAGCAGCAAGCCGUGCUGUUGCCCAAGUGCGAGCUGCCUGGACUGGGGCGCAAGCAGGAGUCGCCGAAGGUGGCCAAUUUCGAGGACAGGCUGAAGAGCAUCAUCACAUCAGCGCUCAACGAGGAUCAGGAGCAGCGCAGCAAAGCGAUGCCCAUCAUUGAGGCGCCGCCAGCGCCGCUGCAGUCGCCCGCGUCGAAGCGCAGCAAGCAAAUGGGCCAAGCUUCCAGCGCCAACAAUUUGCACAAUAUUAUCACAGUCUCGACGCAAGGUCUGAUGCACCUGAAUGCGAACACGACGAUAUCGCCGAUAACUCCACCUUUGCCGGGACCGCGGGCAGCAGCUGCUGCGUCCACGGCGCCGCCGCCGCCUGCCAAUUUGCCCUAUGGCAGCGCCUACAUGAGCAGCAAGCCGCAGCAGCAACAUCACCAGCAGCAACAUCACCAGCAGCAACAGCACCAGCACCAGCAGCAGCAUCAGCAAUUGCAGCAGCUGUCGAGCAAAUAUGGGCAAACGGUUUUGCUCAAGGAGUCCAAGUACUCGCCGGCAAGACCAGGUGCAUCAGCACCGCCGCCGCCACCACCACCGCCGCCGUCAUCGUCAGCGGCAUCGUCGGCGCAUAUGGCAACGCUCUACGCUAGCCACGGCGUCUCGACCGCAGCGCCGCCCACGUCCGCCGAUCUGGGCUUUCAUCGACGACGUGCCUCGGUUAGCGCCAACAGCUACGAGCACUUUAUGGCGCAGCAGCAGCAGCAACAGCAACAUGCGCUUAUGCUGGCGCAUGUGGCACAGCAGCGACUGCAGCAGCAGCAACAGCAGCAGCAACAGCAGCAGCAACAACAACAGCAGCAACACUUGCAGCAGCAGCAGCAACAUCAACAUCAACUCGCACAUCAUGCACAACUGGGUCACCUACAUCAUCACCAUCAGGGACCGGGCACCUCAGCAGAGUUCAAGGCGCCAGCCGAGAAUCUGCUGCAGCGUUCAGGUAGUCGUGAGCAACUGGCAGAGCAGCAGCAACAACAACAGCAACAACAGCUGCAGCAGCAACACCAACAGUCGCAGCAGCACAACCAGGAGCUAUUGCCACGGGCGAGUUCCGCAAACUCGGACUAUGCUGGCUAUCGUGUGGAACGGCUAACCGUUCGACCCCCGAGCCGACCUAGCUCCAACAGCUCGCAACCGGACUACACGCAGGUGUCGCCAGCGAAGAUGGCUCUGCGUCGGCAUCUCUCGCAGGAAAAACUCAGCCAGCCGCCGCAGGCGUUGCCCACACCACCGCCCAUGGCACUGGCGCCUCCAGUGACAUCGGGGAAGACCAUCGGGGAUCUGGUCACUGGCGAAAUUGAGCGAACACUGGAGAUCUCACAUCAGAGCAUCAUCAAUGCGGCGGUCAACAUGAGCACUGGCAACGGCAGCAACAGCAGCGCUGCUCACUUCAUGGAGCGCGCUUUCCUUGCCGAGCGCACCAACGAACGGCUGCUCAUCAAUCUGAAUGCCCAACGGCCGGAGCGUGUGCACGUUCGACCCCUCAACGAAGAUGCGCCAGAGCCGCAGCCGGCCAACUACAGCCAGGCGGCAUCCAGUAGCAGCAGCAACCUGGCCACCCUGGCGCACGUUGCCUACGCCCACAAGCCUCAGCCGGGAGCAAGGAGCGCCUCGACAGGACGCACGGGACGCGAUUAUCAGUCGGUAGCAUUGCCGCGAGCCGAAAUGAUGGGCUGUAUUGAGGCUUACUUUCACGAGGAGCAGCAGCAGCAUCAACAGCAGCAGCAUCAACAGCAGCAGCAUCAACAGCAGCAACAUCAGCAGCAGCAACAGCAUCAGAAGUCCAAAGGAACAGUCGGCGGUGCCAGCACGUUGCGCGCACCACGCCUAAACGGUGCUAACCCACCUUUAGAAGGACUGGCCGCCUCGCUGCAGGAUCAUGUGCGAGCACGCAAAUACAAGGAGGAGAACGAGGAGCGACAACGGCGAGCUGCUGCAGCAACUUCAUCCGCAUUGGAAUUGGCGCCGCAUUUCGCGCAUCAGGCGCCGCCCGCUCAUAGCUAUCAUCAUCAUCCAGCUGCCGGCGCUAUCAAUGGCACCCCACACAAAGUGGAGCUGGGCGUAAAGAGAAGCUCGCCCUUGGCCUCACAUCAGCAGCCCUCGCGACCUGCCAAAUUGGCGCAUUUCGAACAGCAGCCGCCUGCCCAUGCCCAUCAACAUCUGUAUGUGAAUAGCAACGGUGGGUCAGCGCUGCCGCCGCCUGCGCAUGAUGCCACCACGCCGUCUCCGACGCCGUCGUCUUCAUCGUCGUCGUGUGGCAGACGCAGCAAGCUGCUUGUGGAGCCGCCGCUGCUGAUGAGUCCCGAGAUUAAUUCACUCAUGGGCGAUGAGCGGCCGCUGCAGCUAUCGACGAACCAUCAGCAGCUGCACCACCACCAGCAGAAGCCACAUCAGCAUGCCCAGCAGCAGUUGCGUGCCUUGCAUCAGACCAGUCACAGCAUCACGCCCACCAUUGUGGGCGGCCAGCGCUCCAAUGCCGGUGAUGACGACGAUGUCAUUGCGGCCGACGAGGAAUCCCAUUGGCAGCAUCGCGUCAGCUCCGGCUUUGACCGGCUGGUGGCCUUUGCCAGCACCGAGCUGGACAAGACGCGCCGUUCCAUUGACGGCGACACGGUGCCCGCUUCGAUCAGUUGCAACACCUCGCCCGACUCGGGCAUCACGCACAGCAGCAGCAAUUCGGACGCAGUGCGCACCUUUUUGUCCACCUCGUCGAGCUCAUCACAGCUAGAGUUGCCCAUCAACAACAGCAGCAGCGGCAGCAGCAGCAGCACCAACAGCAGCCUCUACGCUAGCCAGGUGCACAAUCUGAGCCAUCAUCCGUAUCAGCAUGGUCACCAGCCGCUGCAGCAGCCAAUGCAACAGCAGUUGCAGCAACAACAGCAGCCGCAGCAACAGCAGCCACAGCAACAACAUCAACAGCAGCAACACUUGGCAGACCACUUGAGCGACAGCAGCAUGAAGUCGACUGCAUCCUCAUCCUUGCACGCAAGCAGCUCAUUGAAGACCAUUUCGCCGGUAGAUCCGAGCGCAAUCGAGUCGCCGCCACUCUCCGACGUUGGUCUGCCACGUACACCCAGUCCCAGUGCGGCAAGCGUGGCCACGCCCCCACCUGUGCAUGCACCGUCGCUGGUCAACGAUCUGCGCAUACCGCUUAAAUACCAGCGCAAGUUCAAGGGAGGAUCCGAGAAGCACUACAAGAAAAAGUUCUGCGAGCGGAACUGGGAGUAUGACUGCGACGAGCUGCUGGCUUACUCCAACUCCAGUGCGCCGCCCACGGCCGCCGAUGCGGCAGGCAAUGGACCGCCGACUGCACUGGACGCAUCCGGCAUGGUGGCAGCAACGCCGCCAGCUGUGCUGAGCAAAUCGGGCAAAUCGCCAAAAGAGAAAUCAUCGCCCCAUCAUGGCGCCAAUGCAAAUGCCAAUGUUAAUGUUAAUGCAAAUGCCAGCUAUCAUCACCAUCACAAGUCCUCAAAGUUUCGGCCUAAGGGCAAGGACUGGGACUGGUCGCUCGACAGUCGCAGCAACACGGGCGAGCCGACGGCGAAUGCCACCACGUCGAGUAAUUAAUUAAUGUAAAUUAAUUUAGUUAAAUUGCUGAACAGAGUGACGAGUAUAGUAGGAAGAAAAUGGGCAAUAGUAGAGAGAUUUUCCACUGGGAAAAUCAAUCGAUCCGCGGCCACAUGCGCAACAAAUGAAAAUAAUGAAUAAUUGUCUAUUUUGCUUUAUGCUUAAUUUUAUUUUUGUCAAAAUCAUGUUUUAAUCGAUUCGAAUCGAGCUAAUUUAGAUUUGUAAUCUGUAACUAAAUGAAUUGUGUUUGUAGUUAACUUAUUGUAUAGCAGCGCUUUUUGCCUUGUUUCAUUUUCUAUUAUGUGUGUAUAUUUGAUUUUCACUGAUUGUAAUUAGAUUAGUGUAGCAUAUUUUUAACUGAACUUGUGUGUUAGCUCUUAAGGCACCAAACGACCGCAACAACAGACCCCAACAAUUACUGAUCAACAAUGUUACUGACUUCAUUAUCACCAACCUUAUACUUAUUACCAUUAUUACGAUUAUGAUUAUUAGACCUAAACAAAUUUUAUCUUAUUUUGUAUUGUUUAAUAGAUUUAUUUGUGUUUGUUUUAAGUUGUGUGUUUUGUCCUUUACAUUGGAUUUCUGUGUGUUUUUUUAUGAUUUUUAAAUAAAUUUUUAAACUAAUUACAAACUAAUCUGUGGACGUCUUUCUUUUAAUCUCCAUCUUAUGUGACACAUAUAGAAGUUGUUCCGUUCAGUUGAGUUCAGUUCAAAAUUUUCGUUUUGGGACCAACAAAUUCUGAAAAUUCGAUCCGUUCGUGUUCGCAAGUCGUCAGCGUCGCUUCCAAAAUCGUAUUACAAAUUAGAUAUAUGCAACUACCAAUCAUUAAAUAUUCAAACUGCAGUGAAAGCUUCUAAUAAAAUAGAGCUUAAAAUGCAAAUCACGGGACAGAUGCACAUUGAAUAUUUUGUUGUUGCAUUUAAUAAUUAAUUUUCAGUGCGCUUAGCAAAAACAUUUACACGAAUAUAUAUAAAAUAUACAUAAAUAAAAGUUUUUUAAGUGAACACAGGGGAGGGCGGGUCUGCAUCCGCCUUGCUCAAAAUAAACAAGACGAUACUUUACUAUAUUCUAAAAUAAUAAUGGAACGAACGCAACUGAUGUAGCGUAACAAUCGCAAUAGCAAUAUUCAGGCAGCAGGAUAACAACAAGAACAACAACAACACCAACAACAAGUAACCUUAUUAAUUAAAGAAUUUUCCACCUCAGCGAAAUAACAACAAUUUUAUAUAUAUUAUAUACAUACAUAAUUAGCAUAGCAUUAGCAGCAUAUACAACACAUAUAUAUUGUAUAAUUAUAUGUAUAUUUAUGCAUACAUAUGGCAUAUAUGUAUGUAUGUAUGUGUGGCCAUACCGUUACGCAGUUUCAUUGGGAGAUCUGAAAGUCAAAAGGGAAACAGCGAACGGCAUCGGUUCGAUAAUAAAUUGAAAAAACACGCAAGUCAAAUAUCAGGAAACAAAUUGAAGAGUAAACAAGCAGAAUAACAUAAUUUACAAGCAUUUAACAAAUAAUAAUAAUAAUAAUAAUAAUAAAUAUUUAGUAACAAA